AUGGCUACCUUCCACGACGACUACAACCCGAUUUUGCGCCAGGGCCCCCAGAGUUUUGCUCUGAACAACCCCGCCUUCCAGCAGCCAGGUAAUCCUCCCAUGGCAAUGCUUCAAGGCGGGCGUUUUCCUCCCAAUAUGGACCCUCGUUCACUGCCGAUGAGAGGUGGGCCUGGUCGGCCGAUGAACCCUGCCAUGUCAGGAAUGCCACCAGCAAUGAAUCCAGGAAUGGGCUUUCCGCCAAAUAUGAUGCCUGGGCCAGUUGGUACCCGUAGAGUUGCUUCAAACCCUGGUCUCAUGACAGGCAACCCUCAGCAUAUACAGCAGCAGCAACAACAGAAUAUGCAGCGGAUGAUGAUGCAGCAACAACAAGUUCGCCAAGCUGAAAUGAUGCGAGGACUCGUUGGAACGCCUACACGGCCACCUGGCCAACAACUUAUGAAUAGUUUGGGUCAGCCAAACCAGGCCUUUGCGAAUCCACCACCGCCUUCGCCGCGUUCUCAUACACCUGUAAUGGGAGGAGGCAUGCCUCAACGCGUCCACCCAGACACCAUGUUCAACGAUUUCCCACCACAAAACCAAUUCCCGCCUCGGGCCUCAUUUCCUUUCGGUGGCUCGCCCGUACCACCAGAGCAGUUUCCUCCGGGGGCUCCGCGGAAUGCUGGAGGCUUUCCCACCCCGACCCAAUUGUCGAUGCAGCACCCGCACGAUAAUAAUUUCUUCAUCCCCUCUCGCCCACUUUCCCAACAACAACAUCACCCUGAGCCUAUGCCCCGUCCACAAUCACAGCCACAGCAGCCUCAGCAACCACCAGGCAGGCCGCUAUCGAGCGCUGCUGGCCCAUCUCAACCACCUCGCCCUGCAGGGAAUGUGCGCAUGCCUCCUCAACCGCCACAACCUCUACCGCCAUCAAACCAGCGACCAGAAAGCUCCGGCUCUUCUUCUCAUCCACAGCCCAUUGCCCCACGUCCUCCGACCCAAGGACCUCCUCCUCCCGCAUCAGAUGGCACCCUUUUAUCUGCCUCUGCUUCCCCUCCAGAUGCCAAUGCUGUUCUCACCCAGACAGUGCCCAGACCACCAGCGGCGGACAUGACGGCUCUUUCGCUGGGUCACGGCCAAGGACUCUUCCGCGUCAUGCAGUUUAGUGGAGUCUUAGGUUCUGACACGCCACAAAUUCUCCGACAAAAACUAAACCUUUCAUUCUGGCACAACAUGAUUCAGGAGUAUUUCACGCCCAAAGCCAUCAUGAAGCUCACUUUGUGGCGGGAUAGCAUGAAAAAUGAAGCAAAACCAUUUGAAAUUGGUGUGCCUAUACUUCCGCGGUUUUUUCUUGUGACCACUCAAUCUGGCGUCAAAUCGAUGUCUUUCUCACUUGACGGCGCGCGCGAGCGGUUAUAUGCCCCAGGACAUGCAAUCAUCGAAUGCGUCGCUGCUGUUUGGACUUGCCGAUAUAACAACGGCCAUGUCGUGACCUUACGCGGUCCGUUAAUUGUACAUCUUGUUCUCUGCGCUCCUGCUCCUGGAUCGACUGCUUCUGGUACAAAUCCUCAAUUCGUUAUCAAAUUCGACGAUUUUGAGUUCGACGCUCACUCUCACGACAAAUAUAUUGCACUCGAUUCGAUAGCUGGGACCAGAAGGGAGGAGGAGUCACCUGCGGCUUCGGCCAAUGGGAUGGUCGAGGAGGACAAACAGUGGGAGGAGCCACGUGCUGUUUUAGAGAACGCUUCGAUACCUGGAGAACCUGUGAACGCUUUUGGGAUCCCUCAAGCUACAAUGCGGUGUCUGGAGCUUGCGGAAAGCGUCGGGCAGAUGCAGGAGUUGAUAACUUUUGCGAAAGAGCAUGAUAUGGGACCACUUUCUGCUCUCAAAUCUUUUACGGACAAACUGCGAGAAGAACAUCCACAGCAGGCCAUCAUGAACGGUGCUCCUCCAAACUCGUUUUUCCAGGGUAGUUCUUCGCUACCUGGUACACUGUAUUCAAGUGCUCCGCCUUCUGUCACGAAUCCACCCCCUCCCCAACCGACCUCCUCUAUGAGCUCUCCCCAAAAUCAGCCGCCAUCAGCCGCUAAUUCACCGCAAAAACAACUGAAGACUAUCCCCGCGAAAGGCUCAGUUGCUUCCGCAUCAACUCCCACCGCCAGUACCAGUGGUGGCACACCAUCACUUCCUGCUGCAUCACUCAAACGCAAAGAACCACCCGCGCCAGCGACUGAGCAGUCCUCCAAACGAUCUAUGCGGCGACGGCGAGCUACGGGCGGUGGCUCAUGA